AUGCGCGUAAUCCUGAGGGGCGCUGCUCCUCGGGCCGCCUCUGGGACGGCUGGUCUGAGAGGCGGGGAAGACGGAGGGGGGCGAGGAAACGCGGAACAGCCAGCAGAGAGAGCGAGCGAGCGAGCGAGCGAGGGCGAGAGAGAGGGGAGGAGUCGGGCAGGGAAAAGGGGGAUUGGAAGAAGGACGCCGAGGGAUAGAGAGCCAGGCGGCGGCGGCGGCGGCGGCGAAGCGGGAGCAGAAGGGACGGCGACGCUGGCAGGGUCGACGAGAGCCGGAGCCGGAGCCGGAGCCGGGAUUACCCCGCGCAGCUUGGAGGAGAAGUUCCUGGAGGAGAACAUCCUGCUCCUGCGGAGGCAGCUGAACUGCUUAAGAAGAAGAGAUGCUGGCUUAUUAAACCAAUUGCAAGAAUUGGACAAACAGAUCAGUGAUUUGAGGCUGGAUGUUGAAAAGACAGCAGAUGAACACCUGGACAUGGAUAGCCGUCCCAGCUCAGGGUUUUAUGAGCUGAGUGAUGGGGCUUCUGGAUCACUCUCCAACUCGUCAAACUCUGUUUUCAGUGAGUGUUUAUCCAGUUGUCACUCCAGUACUUGCUUCUGCAGCUCUUUGGAUGCAUCCUUGAGUAGCUCAGAUGGACGGCCCAAGUCUGCAGAUUUCAUCAGCUGGCUGGAGCAUAACAAAGGAAUCCAACACAAUGACACAGUGGGGAUGGCCUCUGGCUCUCCAUCAAUGCCACACUCAGAUUCUCUUGACAUUGUUGCAGAUGUACAUCCAAAGUAUCAGUGCGAUCUGGUGUCUAAAAAUGGAAAUGAUGUAUACCGUUAUCCCAGCCCCUUACAUGCUGUUGCAGUGCAGAGCCCCAUGUUCCUUCUGCCAGUGACCAGUGGUCCCCCAAGAGAAGAAGAAGAAAGAACCAGUGGCAAUGCUGAUGAUGCUUGCGUUGAAGCUGAACUCAGCUCAGAAAAAACAGUUGAUUCUUGUCUCCCGCACACCUCUCAUUCUCCAUCCUGUCCUUUGCCCAACAGAAAAAUGGAUGGAUAUAUCUUGAGCCUUGUGCAAAAAAAGGCCCCUUCAGUUAGGACUAAUAAACCAAGAACGAAUCUGAAUGCAGACCUGGCCAAGGGGAUUUUGAGACAUGGAAGCUUGUGUCUUCGGCAGAUGGCUAGUGUUGCUUCUAGCAAUACCACUAACAUUAAGAACCUCAGUCAGCCACCUUCACAUUCCAGUGGAACCAGUCUCACCCUAGAUAACAGUGCCUUUUCUCCCCUAAAGCAGCAUUCAAGAGAAAUAGAGCAUGUGGAGUUAAAAAAGAUACCUGCACCUGCUGUUUUCCCACCAAAUGGUAAUAAUGAUCAAAGCAAGCAGUCAGUGAGGAAUGUCAAAACUCAAGAAGUGAUGCGAUCCCCUGUGACUACGAGUGAUGUUCCCAAGGAAAGUGGUCAACUCUUCUUGACAUGUCCUAAAGAAAGCCCAGGACAGCACAUAACAUCCUUGAAAGAAAAGAAAGCCAUCCAGCUUCCCAAAAAGUUAUCAUUUAAAAGCAAUGGGAUGCAGUCAGCUUGCUCUGUUUUGUCAGGUCAGGAGAGCAGACCAUUAGUGGAAUUUAAGAGCGAGGGGUCAUCAUCUCAGAGUCUGGAGGAGGGAUUGCUCGUGAAUGCCCAGUUCAUACCUGCUCAGCCACAAACAGUCAGACUUCACAAAGGCACCAGGAGUGUCAAAAUUCUCAAAAGUUCUAUGGUGAAACACAAGUCUCAUCUUGUCACAGUGUUGGAAAAUGGGCCUCAGGCUGGACGUGAGAGGGCCAAACCUGUGGGCAAAAAGUGUCACUUCCUGGAUGACUUGGAUACAAAUAAGAAGGCAAAAAAGACCACUUUGAGAGGGAAGAAAGGUAUCCAUCUGCAGCCAGACGCCAACCUUCUGAGUCGGCAGCCAGGCGUAUUUAGGUCUAUGAUGAGGCCCCAUGGACACAGCAGAGAACCAGUGGUUGCCAAGCCCAAACACAAGCGAGCUGACUAUCGGCGCUGGAAACUGUCUGCAGAGGUAUCUUAUGAAGAUGCCCUUAGGAGGGCGAGGAGGAACAGGAGAGAAGCUAUAGGAGUCUAUUCGCAGAUUCCACAUCCUUAUAUUAGUCCUUAUGCCUAUGUUGCUAGUGACUCAGAAUAUUCAGCUGAAUGUGAAUCCCUCUUCCACUCCACUGUAGUGGACACCAGCGAGGAUGAAAGGAGCAACUAUACCACCAACUGCUUUGGGGACAGUGAGUCCAGCUUAAGUGGAGUGGAGUUUGUUGGUGAAAGCACAACCACCAGUGACUCAGAUGAAAGUGGGGGCCUCCUUUGGUCCCAGUUUGUUCAGACCCUUCCUAUCCAGGCAGUGGCUGCUGCUUCAGAGCUCCAUGAAAAUGCAGCCAAAGCCUUUGUUAAGAUUAAAGCAUCCCAUAACCUUAAGAAGAAAAUCCUCCGCUUUCGGUCUGGCUCUCUCAAACUGAUGACUACUGUCUAAAUGCAUAUGAAAAAUAAAUUAUAGCAGCGAUGAUCACAGUAUCUCUGCCUAUUGGCGAAACGCCUCUGUGUAAGGGAAGUGAGUGUCAGGACUCUGGUGGGUCUUGGGGACAUUUCUUCAGGACUUGGAAGCUGUGCAGCAGUGCUGGCUCCAAGAAGGCCCUUAACUGGCUGUCAACAGAGCUGCCUGCCUUAACAUCUUGAGGAGCAGGGCAAGCAACUUUUCUGUGACCCGAGUGCACAUGUUUGUGUACGUCUGCUUUUUGGGCUGAGGACUAUCGAGGGUUUGCCCAGAUCAAGCAAGGGAGGGAAGGGCAUGUCCCACAAGGUGACAGUGUUGUGCCAUUCCAAGGUUUCCACAUCUUUUCCAGCUUCGGAGGUCAGUUUAAGAAUCACCACUCUAAGGUUACCCAAGGAAUGUUAAAGAAUGACAACGUUUUUGGGACAGGGACAAAUACUGCAGACUUAUUUAGGGGAAAUUUAAGGGGUACAGUGUUUGCCUUAAGCCUUGCAGAGAUUUAAGUCAUCUAUUUUACUCCUUGAAAUCUCCAACAAGGGAAAUUUGGCCUUAAAAAUCCUCCAGACCAUACCAUAGAAUGAAAGUUUCUAUCUCAUUCCAUUUGGGGGGAAUCUGGAGGUUACAAAUAGGGUGCUGGAGGACUCCAUAUGACCCAGGGUGUCUAUCUCUGACUUAAAUUUUGAAAUAUCCCUUAAAACAACAGAACAUUGGGCAAAUUUUAUCCCCUUCUUCUGAUGCUUCACUUUUGGCAUGACAAGGGCCUGCUUUGUGAGAAGGGGAGAAUUAGCUCUUUUAAGUUUACAGACUUUCCUGCUUGAUGCCUGAAGGCCAUUCUCACUUGCCUUAAGCAAUCAGGCAAGUGGCUACUUACAAGUCUGGUGUGAGCAGGGAACAACAACAACAACAAAGAAUCUGGCAGCCUUUUCUAACCUGAUACCUUCCAGUGUGGGAACUGCAAUUCCCAGAAUUCACAGCCAUCAAGAAAGGUAGCAGUCCAGCCCAUCAGGGAAGGUUGUCCUAUACAGACCAUUUUUGAUCCCUCUGGUGCUGCUGCUUUUUAGCUGGAUGGUCAUCUGCCAAAAGAGUUCUUAUGAAGAUAUGACCAACACACAUCUGCCUACAUAAACAAAACAAGGUGCUUCUUGUAAAUAAUUUUUCUAGAAUGCUUUUCCCCCCCCCAAAGGCACAUAUUUAAGUCUUAAUGGACUGCUUAGGUAAUAUCACUUGAACCUCCAUGUUUUUGAAUCAACACUAGUGCCUUUUAAGUGGUGAAAACAAAGGCCACUGUGCUAGUUUUUAAGCAUAGGAUUAAAACAUCAGUUUUCUGCUCAGGCAGAUUAAGACACAGAGAAAUGGAAGAUUUAACGAACAAAUGUUGAUUAAAAAACAGUGUUAGAAACAUUGAUGUAAAAAGGUGGUUAAAAAUGAUGAAAAUGCAGGAUACACAUUUUAUAAAUAAGCAAACAAAGUUCUUGGCAAGGGUUGUGUUGAUUCAUACAGCAUCGCUGAUUAACACAGAAAAGCUUCUCUACCUCAGCUCAUGUAGAGAGAAACAUGUCACAUUCACAUGGACAAAAAACAAACAGCAACCAAAAGUGUAGCUGGUGAUUCUGAGUAGCAGUAGAGUAAUUUGUAUGAGGUUUUUAAAAACGCAUAAUCUCCAUAAUCCACAUACAUUUUAUAUUUACAAAAAAGAGAGCAUUUUCAAGAUCUUGCUUGAAGCCUCCUUAUUUAUACUCAGAUUAACUGUUCAUGUUGUUCAGCACUGUCUAUUCUGAAUUAAAGCUGCCUUCAGAGUCUUGAGCAGAGGUUUUUCCCAUAACUUUCUCCUGGAUGAUUUUUAAAUGUUAAAGCAGGGAUUGAACUGCCUACAAAAGGAGGAGCCUCAGCACUGAGCCAUAACCACCUAAAGCUGCCUUGAAUUUAGAUAAUGAUCCAUCUAGCCCACUGUUCUAUGGCUUUUCCCAGUCUUACUUUCUGAGAUCCAUAAGAGGAUGGGAGCUUGGGACAUCUGCUCUACCUCUUGAAUUACUGUAUUCAUCUCUUACUUUCAUGUACGACUUUUAGUAGGACUGAAUACUGAAUUGGAUUAGGAGGUGGCAACCCAAAUAGUUAGAUGAGGGAAGAGAAUGCUAUACGCUUCAAAUCCUCCCUUAUACCUGCAGACCGCUCUUUCAGUUUCUAGGAUUUAGAUGGGGUAGGAAGAUCUGCCUUCUGCCAUUUGAGACUGCUUUAUUAGUCUUGUGAAAGUUCAAGCACUUUGAAUAAGGAUGUUUAUGGAGGGAACCUAAAAUACACCUCAUCGUGCAGUCUUGAUGCGAAUUCUAACAACAUGACAUGCAGCCUUCCAUCCUUUAUUUAAUCUGCUGGAUACUUUGGGCUGAAACUGCUUUGCCAUCAUAAGAACAUUCCCUAUACAUUUUGAAUUUUAAGAAUAUGUUCUAACAUUUACAAUCAAGAUUUAAAACCUGAAAAAGGUGUUUGGAAUGAAAUGCCAACCCAGAAGAAGCACUGAAUCAGAAUAUUGGCAACAUCUGGAAGUUCAGCAACAUUUCUGAAUUUUGAAUGAAGUGAUUCCAGUUGUUAUCCAUCCUCAAGUGCUUGAACUUCUAAAAUUGAGUUUAAAAAAAAAAAUCUUGGCAAAUAUCAAAUUCUCAGAUGUUAUUUGUAUUCCAAGGUUUCAAACUCCAUCGUUCGCUAGUUAAAAUGUCAAAGAAAUAUGUUCAGUAUUUUGUAUUGUUUUGUAGUUCUGUACAUAAGUGAGGAUUUUAAAACAAUACUUCAAAUUAGGGUAAAUAUUCCAAGUGGAGGGGUGGUUGAAGAAUAUAAUUUAGGGAUACUUUUCAUUGGUAUGCUUUGUCUUGAACCAACCUAGUCUCACAAGUGCUUUUCGGACUGAGGAUUCUGCAGAAGAUAUAAGCCUUGAACCUUUAGAUGCUUGGUACCCUGAUGAAUUAUUAGAAUUAAACCAUGGGAAUAGUAGUAAAUAGCAAUAUAUAGCCCAAACACUUUCACUUCUGAAAACCUGUAGAUCUUGCUAAUUCUUCUUCUCCCUCCUUUAAUAAUUCUUUGUUUAAGAAUAAAGCGUUAAAGUCAAUAAAGACAUUGCUAAGGGUUGAUGCUUGGUUUUGCAGGAUGCCAGUUUCUAAUUUAUUUUUAAUUUUAAAAAAUCUUAAAAUACGCUGGGGCAAAUAGGCUGGAUGAUAAAGCUAUAAUAGCUUCUUCCACACUGAUUAUAUGCAUUGAGGUUAGGAUGGGGAAUUUUCCCCCUCACCCCACUCAGUUGCUUUCUAGUUCCAUUCUGUCUCCCUACUAGGGUUAGAAUGUAAGAGUUCUGCUGGUCUGAACUAAAGGUUUAUCUAGUCUAGCAUCCUGUUCCCCACAGAGACCAACCUGAUAAUUCUGGGAAGCUUACAAGGAUAGCAGUAGAACUCUCCCAUGUUCUCCAGGAAGUAGAACCGAAAGGCCAGCUCACUCUGACUUGGAGGUAAUAGACAUAAUGAAUGAUAGCUGUUGAUAGCUUUGUCCAUUAGGAAUUUGCCCAGUACCCUUGUAAAACCAAUCCUAUUUCACUUGGUUAAGAUGUACUUUCCUCUGUUUUUCCUGAAUCUACUUUUCAGUUUUUUUGGAAGAUCCUACAUUCCAGCAUUUUACUUUUAUAUGCCUCUCUUUUCUCAUACAAGUUUUCUAAGCUACAAAUCCCAACUGUUACAACUUUUCUUUGUAUGGGAGCUGUUCCAACCCCUUGAUCAUUUUGGUGGCCUUUUUCUGCACCGUUUCCAGCUCACUAAUAUCCUUUUUGAGGUGCAAUAACCAGAACUCAGUAUUCUAAAUAUACAACACAAUGGCAAUUGUCUGAUACUUCUUUCCUUUGACUUUGGGAAAACCCCAAAAGUCUCUUUAAGUAUAUUGUGUAAUAUUUUUUUUCCAUACAGCCUACACAAAUAUGCAUGUUGAAAGCAUGAGUGUCAGUUGUGUCAGUUUUAAUGUGUCCAAUAACUGUACAACAUAAGCAGCUGUGUUUUAUAUCUUGAUAUAAAUCAUAUUGCUUUAUAAAUUAAUAUAAUGCA